UACAUUUGUCAAUCUGAGAAAAGAAGGAGGAGAGAAUGAAAUCAUCUCUCCCCCUACGAUUCACCUUCCUCCUCUCUCUCUCUUUCGCUGCUUCAUACACAGUCUAUUCAUACUCUCCGCCAUUUUCGUCCCGCCUCAAGCUUCCUUCUGAUUCCAAAGCCACCGCCUUCGAUUUACUCUCUAUCCUAGGAACUCCGCAACAAGCCGCCGCAAUCGACCCCAAAGUAGCUAAUGAACUCAGGUCAUGCUUCAAGUUCCUUGUUCCUUUCUCUCCCUCUCAACAACAACAAACGCCACUUCCCUCGUCGAUGUCAUCCGAUCAUCGCCGCCGCCGCCUUGCAGACGUGAACGAUCUCAUCUGGCGUCCACCUCCAUCGGUAUUGGAGCUUGCUCGAUUAGCUAUGGAUACAGGCGGUGAUCCAGAUUCCAUUCAUCGUACUCUCGAUCCAAUCUAUAUCACCGUACCUGAUGCGGAAAAAUGCCAAGAGAAUCAUUGUGAGCUUACAAGAACACCGUAUGGGAGACGCUUUAUAGAUGAAGAGUUGAACUCGUAUGUUAAGUUCUUGUUCGAAACAAUUGCUGACCUGGGUUCUAGUGUGGGCUUUCAUGUAUCAUUAAAUCGGUUUGACCUAUUCCAUGGUCAUAUGUUUAUCGCGACGGAGUCCAGAAGGCUUGGUAUCUUGUUCCAUGCAAAAGAAUACCCCAUGUAUGACAAGAAGGUUUUUCCUCAUUAUAUGGGAUACUGUCAAAUAGGGUCUAAUGUGGUGUAUGAUGAUUCAAUGAAUUUGAGAAACAUUCUUUGGUUGGCUCCAUUGCCAAGUGAAACUUCCUCAGAUUGGUUGGCUCCUGGAGUUCUAGUGAUAUUGGAUGCACAUCAGGAUGGGAUCAUUUAUAGAGAUAUCAUACCCCAAUAUGUACAGUACGCGAGGACCAUAUACGAAGAUGACUUUGGGGAGGUUGUUGUAGACGUCAACUACUUGAAUGUAGGCGUAAUAAAACCCGACUAUCAACUUUUCAUUUGUUAAUCAACUAUUUAUUGCCCUUAGAUAUGGUUCAACACUCGGAUCUUCGACAAAUUUAACCCGCACAGAUAGGACCAAACCGAGAUGGAUCCACCUUAAAUGGUAAUAUUUACAUAUUAAUUUUUCUUUUAUUA